AUGGCUCUGCCGGCGGCCGACGCGCCGGUGUCCCCUUGCCGGGGCGGCCCCGCCGACUCCGCGACGUCGUCGUCGUCGUCCGCGGCGGGGACCGGGCUGUGGGCCGCGCUCUACGACUACGAGGCGCGCGGCGAGGACGAGUUGAGCCUGCGGCGCGGCCAGCUGGUGGCGGUGCUGUCGCAGGACGCCGCCGUGUCGGGCGACGAGGGCUGGUGGGCCGGCCAGGUGCAGCGGCGCCUGGGCAUCUUCCCCGCCAACUACGUGGCGCCGUGUGCCCCGCCGUGUCGCCCGCCGUCCCCGCCGUCCCCGCCGCCGCCGCGCCCCGGCUCGCCCGUGCACGUCGCCUUCGAGCGGCUGCAGCUCCAGGAGCUCAUCGGCGCCGGCGGCUUUGGGCAGGUGUUCCGGGCCACCUGGCGGGGCCAGGAGGUGGCGGUGAAGGCGGCGCGCCGGGACCCGGAGCAGGACGCGGCGGCGGCGGCCGAGAGCGUGCGGCGGGAGGCCCGGCUCUUCGCCAUGCUGCGCCACCCCAACAUCAUCGAGCUGCGCGCCGUGUGCCUGCGGCCGCCGCACCUGUGCCUGGUGCUGGAGUUCGCGCGCGGCGGGGCGCUCAACCGCGCGCUGGCCCCGGGUCCCCGCCGCGCGCGCCGCAUCCCCCCGCACGUGCUGGUGGACUGGGCCGUGCAGAUCGCGCGCGGCAUGCUCUACCUGCACCAGGAGGCCGUGGUGCCCAUCCUGCACCGGGACCUCAAGUCCAGCAACAUUUUGCUCCUUGAGAAGAUAGAGCAUGAUGAUGUCUUCAAUAAGACGUUGAAGAUCACCGAUUUCGGGCUGGCCAGGGAGUGGCACAGGACCACCAAGAUGAGCGUGGCGGGCACCUAUGCCUGGAUGGCCCCAGAAGUGAUCAAGUCCUCCCUGUUUUCUAAGGGAAGCGAUGUCUGGAGCUACGGAGUGCUGCUGUGGGAGCUGCUCACGGGAGAAGUCCCCUAUCGCGGCAUUGAUGGCCUUGCUGUGGCUUACGGGGUAGCGGUCAAUAAGCUCACUCUGCCCAUUCCGUCCACCUGCCCGGAGCCAUUUGCCAGGCUCAUGAGAGAAUGCUGGGAACAAGACCCUCACAUCCGCCCGUCAUUUGCCUUAAUUCUGGAACAGCUGACGGCUAUUGAAGGGGCCGUGAUGGCUGAAAUGCCACAAGAAUCUUUUCAUUCCAUGCAAGACGACUGGAAGCUGGAAAUUCAGCAAAUGUUUAAUGAGUUGAGGACAAAGGAGAAGGAGCUGCGGUCCCGGGAGGAGGAGCUGAGCAGGGCGGCCCUGCAGCAGAAGUCUCAGGAGGAGGUGCUGAAGCGGCGGGAGCAGCAGCUGGCCGAGCGCGAGAUCGACGUGCUGGAGCGCGAGCUCAAUAUUCUCAUCUCCCAGCUGAACCAGGAGAAGCCCAGGGUGAAAAGGAGGAAGGGCAAGUUUAAGAGAAGCCGUCUGAAGCUCAAAGAUGGGCAUCGAAUCAGUUUACCUUCAGAUUUCCAGCACAAGAUAACCGUGCAGGCCUCCCCCAACUUGGACAGAAGGAGGAGUCUGAACAGCAGCAGUCCCAGCCCGCCCAGCAGCCCCCCAGUGAUCCCCCGGCUCCGAGCUAUCCAGUUGACUUCAGAUGAAAGCAGUAAAACUUGGGGCAGGCUCACGGUCUCUCGACAAGAGGAAUUUGAGGAUGUAAAAAGGAACUUCAAGAAAAAAGGCUGUACUUGGGGACCAAAUUCCAUCCAAAUGAAAGAAAGAACUGAUUGCAAAGAAAGGAUAAGACCUCUCUCAGAUGGCAACAGUCCUUGGUCAACUCUCUUAAUAAAAAGUCAGAAAACCAUGCCUUUGGCUUCAUUAUUUGUGGACCAGCAAGGGGCUUGUGAGGAGCCAGAACUUCUCCCCGACGGAUCAGAACACAGAAAGCCAAAGCAGUUAGAAUUGCCCGGUCAGGCCUGCUCAGAUCUACCUCUUUGGAAAGACAGUCCGAGAGAGAAUGCACUGGAAGCUGGAAGCUGGCAGGAGGAAGCCCCUGCAAACUGUGUCAUGGACUCUCCCCAGGUGGCUCCUGCUGAGAGCCUGAGCAGACCCCCCCAGAGAAAGAGAACGGAGGUGGCUUUGCUCGGGUGCACCGCACUGCUGGCCUCGGUGGCCCUGGGCCUGGAUAUCCGGGAGCUGCAUAAAGCACAGGCUGUUGAAGAUCGGCUGCCCAAGGAGGAGAAGAGGAAAUGGGAGGGAAUCUUCCCGAGGGCUUCCAGGUGCCGCACAAGUGCCAGUCCUACCGCACAGCCACCAGCUCCAGGUGGGGAGCCCUGCGGUCCCCCAUCACCACCACUGCCAGGUGCGGGGAGCCUUUUCUCUGUGCCUUCUCUCUCCACCAAGUGCCUGCUGCAGUCGGAUGGGGAGGAUGCCUUCAUGGGCAGCACACCUGUCACCUGGGACCCCAGGGUGCCCACUCCAGAUGUCUGUGCUGACGUCCCAGGAAGUAGUCGUGCGCCAGCCCUCUUGCCAAGACUCGAGACCGAUGGCGGUGUGUUGAAAAGCCCAUCUCCUUCCUUCCCAGAGCAGUCACCUGGGAAUGUGCCUUACGCUGCUUCAAAAGAUAGAGCAUCGCACCACGGACGGACCAUGUCUGAGGGGAAUCCUUUUCAGAACCCAACUGGUGCGGAUAUUAUCCUGGCUCCCGGAGUCUGUGACUGGCCACCCCACUCCUCCCCUAGUGCUCACAGUAACCUGCCAGGUGAGGUCUCACCUGAGAAACACAGAGCUGCCAGUACGGUGCCUCGGCCACGCCCACGCCCUGCCUCCCUGAGAACCCGAUCGGAUCCACCGCAGACUCUCACACAGACAGUGGCACCUCUGCCUGCACAGGCUGACCAUGUACUGGGCCAUCCAGGACUAAGCCAUGCCCGUUUGCUCAGUGCCAAGGAGAGAACUAAAUGCCACAUGCCUUCGUUACUGGACGCUGACGUGGAGGGUCAGAGCAGGGACUGUACUGUACCCCUGUGCAGAAUGAAGAACCAGACGAGCCGACCGUCAAUUUAUGAACUGGAGAAAGAAUUUCUGUCUUAA